AUCAACAUCAAUUUCCUGUUAAUAUACACCCACUUGUUUCAUUGGUAAAACGGAAUGCCGCAGUUAUGGAUGAAAGUUAAUUAAUAGAACCACUGAAGUACAAAUACUAGCAAAAAUGAAACCAAUAAUUUUUUCAAUUUUAAUUUUCCUCGUGUUCAGAAGAUUGCACUGUCGAUCGGCAAAUGAUUUUUUAAGAGAAGUAUUUUCCCCCGGCUACCGUAUCGAAGAAAAAAAAUGCACAACAAUGGAAUGUCAAACGGCAGAAUAUUUGUUGAAGAGUAUGAAUAGAUCUGUGAAUCCUUGUGAAGAUUUCUACGAAUAUACAUGUGGCUUAUGGGUAAAAGAUCACCAAGUCAAAGCGACCAAAAUGUCUUGGUAUCAAUAUAAAGAAGCAGAAAAAACUAUAAAUAACAAUUUGAAGGACAUUUUAGAAGAUUCAAGUUUUGAUGAAAUUUUAUAUCCGGCGCAGAAGUUUUACAAGAGUUGUUUGAAUUCCGUGACCAACGGAAUGAAUACAGAAUAUCUGAAAUCAGUUAUGUCAAUGUUCGGCGGAUGGCCCAUCGGAAAGUACGAUCACAGCGAUAAGUUACAGUCUUUGGACUGGAUAAAAAUGUACAUUUACAUGGAGAAAAACUGGAAAGUACCAACCAUUUUGGAUACAGGUAUAUCGAUCAACUACAUGAACACCAGUCAAUACAUAUUGAUGAUAGGUCAACCCGAUUUGAUGAUACCGAGAUCGAUGUUCAUUAACCCGGAUCGGUAUAAGACUCAAAUGAAUGCCUAUUCGAAGCUUAUCGCUGGCACCGUACUACUAGUGUACAAAGACUUUGGAUUUGAGUCGAUACGGCCAAAACAUUUCGGGGACGAGAUCGCUGACGAAAUAAUCAAUUUUGAAACACAAUUAGCUAAUAUACAGAGCACUGGAGAGAUGAAGAAAAGCGAAAAAGCAUUGAAAAACCGAGUAAUGACAAUAGACGAACUUCAAAAAGACAUCGACAGUGUAUCAUCGGAUGUGUUUCAGAUUGAUUGGUUGAAAAUGUUUCGGUUACUCUUUAAAGGCACUGAUGUGAUCAUAAAAAAGACAGAGAAAAUAUUUGUCAAAGAAGAGAAUUAUUUAAAAGAACUCGUUCAGAUGUUGCGAAAAACUCCGAAAAGAAUUAUACUUAAUUAUAUGUCAUGGUGCUUUUUAAGAUCCAUGCUAUCCGACAUCAGGGAAGACUUGAAAAAUCUCGUUCAAAACUUUAACGUGGUAUUCACUGGAGACGUGAAAGAAGUUUCCAGAUGGGUGGAUUGCACAUCGAUGACGAGUUCAUAUUUUGCAUUUAACAUUGGAUAUAAGUACGUUUCCAAGUACUUCGACGAGUCCACAAAAGAUAUGGCUACAGAAAUGGUAAAAAAUAUACAAGAAGCUUACUUGGAGCAGUUGAAGAACGUGGUAUGGAUGGAUUCGAUAACUCGUCAGUCUGCUAUCGAUAAACUACAAUCGAUGCACAAGUUUAUUGCGUAUCCCGAUUGGUUCCAGAACACUUCGUACUUACAUAAUAAACUGAAAAUUAUUAAUAUGACGGAUAAUUAUUUGAUGAAUUUAGAAAUCUUACAAGCUUCAUCAAACUUGAAAAAACUUUCAAAAUUAAAUAGAAAUCAUAAUCACACGGAAUGGACCAUGGACAUAGUUAGUGUAAAUGGAUACAACGAUGUAUAUUCAAAUGCGAUAGUUUUACCAGCAGGAAUGUUACAACUUCCGUUUUACCAAAAGAGUCGAAUUCAGGCUUUGAACUAUGGAAUGGUGGGCUUGGUCGUCGGCCACGAGAUAAUGCACGCGUUCGACGAUUCAGGUAGAAUGUACGAUAAACACGGCAACAGGCAUCAGUGGUGGACGAAAGAAACGAUGCAAACAUUUUCCGAGAGAGCGGAAUGUUUUGUCAAACAGUACAAUAGAUAUAACAUGACCUUGCUAGGUAAUCUGGUUAAGAUAAACGGUCAAAUGACUCAAAACGAAAACAUCGCAGACACAGGCGGUUUAACUCACGCUUUCAUUGCAUAUCAGAAGUACAUAUCAAAUCAUGGGACCGAACAAAGGCUACCCGGACUGGAGGAAUUGUCACCGGAACAGUUGUUUUUCGUGGGAUUCGCUAGUAUCUGGUGCGAAUCGACCACUGAACAGACGCUGCUUAACGACCUGUUGACCGACGUGCACAGCCCUGGUCGAAUACGAGUGUUGGGUACCUUGUCCAAUUCCGUCGAGUUCGCCGAGGCUUUCCAUUGUCCGGUAGGAUCGCCGAUGAAUCCGUCGGAAAAAUGCAAAAUUUGGUGAACUCAGUGAACACUAUCGUUUCCACCAAGAAAUCCAUUGUGCUCUUGUGUUACUCAUUAAUAUUAAACACUGCGACCUUUCUUCGCGGUUCAUCGCGUAAUAGAUAAAAUGUAAAUGUAUAACAUCAAAGUAAUACUGGAGCAUACUUCGAGUGAGAUGGAAAUAUCAAAAAUAUUUGGUGGAUUGAUUUGUCAACGUGGUGUGUAAUAUUGAAAUGAAAAAAAUUCAAUAAAUCAUAUUCAAACAUCAA